AUGUGCCAGACACGACCAACCCUUUACACAAGGAACACCGCAGCAACAGUCCAGAUUCCAAAUCCGAACGGUGCCCGUCAAGUCAUACCAGAUCCGAACGCUCCUAAAUUCUUCCCAAUGGCACAGGCGUUAGGCCCAUCAACACAGUUUGCCGAAGGUCUAGCGCCAGCUACUCCCAUGCCGUAUCCAUUUCAAGUCCGACGUAUGGUUAGCACUGUGCAGCCAGUGAUAGCACGCCGUGAUGUGCGUUUCUCCACGCCCACACCAAUUAUGAUCUCUAAAAAGGUACCGAUAGGGCUGCCAGUGAACGUGGUGAUGUUGCCGCUGAUCAGAAUCGUGGAGACAGCGAAGGAGACGAAGAAGGAUGGUCGCACCUCUCCGGAUGUCUUGUCAACUAAUGAGGACACAUGGGACUUUUGGGAUCGAGUCUACAGUGAUCCGGAGCUGCGUCAGAGUAUGCAAGAGAGGCAGAGAGAUUCACCUAUGGCUGAAUUGCUGCAUUCGGAUAAACUUUGCAAAGCACAAGUGGUGUUCCUCAACGUGCCACGAUUGGCUUACGGGCAGCAGCAUGUCGUUCGUAGCCUAAUUCAUCGGGAAAUCAACUCAAAUCUACCAAUUUUGGACAUUCACAUCACUUAUAGGAAAUGGACUGUUCGCUUCUAUCGUAGCGAAGAUGCAGUGCAGGUACUGCGGCACUUCAACGGGUUCUCUUUUCGAAAUCAUAAGCUUCUAGUGCGCGCCUGUCAGAACAACUCAUCGUUCGGUGACGCGGCGGCCCUGGAAGAAGCGGCUCAGCAAGAGAACGAAGAACGACGUGUUGGUUCUGGUGCUUCGUCGGAAAUUCAACGACCUGAUUACGAUUCCCUUUGGACGCUCACCGAAUGGAAGGACAUCAUGGAGUUUAAGAAAGACCUAAUAGCGAUUCUCGAAGGCAAGCAAACUGGCAUGGUGUUGAAUGAAGCCCUCUGCAGCGAACUCUGCCAACAGAGACUUAUUCGAAUAUUGUUACCUGAGGUGAAAGCAAUCGGCCGAUGUGCAUGUCUAGCUGGACAUGAGGAUAUGGCAGCACUAGUACGGAGAGCUGCUCAAGAGAGCAGCACCUACUCAGCUAUCUGGCAGCGUUCCUUGGACAUUUCGGGCCUCAGCAUAUUCAUCAUCGAUAUUCCGCUACGAUUUGCUUCUGAAGUCACUGGACCUGCUCUAGCCGAGUGGGCUACAAAGUUAGUUCCCUUUCUUCUGAAUCAUCAGCAGAAUGUAGUGUUGAAACGAUCCUAUCAGUUCAUUGUCAUGUUUGAAGUUCUCUAUUUGGCGUCCAGCAUUAGACAUCGACGUAUUCUUGUUGAAGCUGUACAGCCUUUAUCAUCAUUGAAGUUCAAAUUCAUGAAUCCGACGGGUCGAUGUUAG